AUGCUUUGCGAGAAGCUAAAACAGCUUAUUAUAAAGUACAAUUUGAUAAAGUAAAACAUGAACCCAAACAAGCUUGGAAAACUGUUAAUAAAAUCCUAAAUCGAAAGCAAAAAUGUCCAGAUAUAAACUCUGUCAAAACUCAGAAUGGAGAGAUUACCGAUCCAAAUGAGUUAGCGGAAAGUUUCAAUGAUUAUUUUACUAAUAUUGGCCCAGAUAUUGCAAAAACGAUCGAUAAAGGUGACAGAAAUUUCACGGAUUACAUAACUAGAGUAACUAGUAAUUUUAAGUUCCAAGCUGUAUCUGAAUCGAAAGUUCAUAGACUUCUUUUGUUUCUAAAUCCCGGUAAAUCUACCGGUAUUGACAAAAUUCCAGCUAAAAUUAUUCGUAUUGCUUCCCCAGUAAUUGCAAAUUCCUUGGCAAAAAUUUUUAAUAGGGCAAUCACCAGUGAAUCCGCUCCAUCUGAAUGGAAAGCAGCGAGAGUUACACCUUUACAUAAAAAAGGCCCUCGAAACCUGUUAAAUAAUUAUCGCCCUAUAUCCAUUCUUCCUGUUGUAAGUAAAGUUUUCGAAAAAGUAUUAUACGAACAGUUACACGAUUAUCUUGUUACAAAUAACUUACUAUCCCAACAUCAAUUCGGUUUUAGACGUAGUCACUCAACAGCAUCCGCCCUUUUAGAUAGCACAAAUGAAUGGUUUGUUAAUAUGGAUCGUGGCUUUUUUAAUAUUGCAGUCUUUCUCGACUUGCAAAAGGCAUUCGACACUAUUAACCACGUUGUGUUAUUGAAAAAACUUGAUUUUUAUGGUUUAGAAACACCAGCUUUAAACCUCCUAAAAUCGUAUCUAGAAAACAGAACUCAAAUGUGCUCUGUUAAUGGCACACUUUCUCGUAAAAAAUUAAUUACAUGUGGAGUCCCUCAAAGCUCAAUUCUUGGGCCGCUCCUAUUUUUGGUUUAUAUUAAUGAUCUGCCAAACAGUUUGGAGUAUUCGUCAACAAGAAUGUUUGCCGAUGAUACGACAUUAACUGCAUCUGGUAAAUCAGUUGCUGAUGUAGAAAUGGCCAUUAAUUAUGAUCUUGCUAACGUAAAGCGGUGGCUAUCUGCAAACAAACUAUCCCUAAAUCUUGUUAA